AUGUAAAAUAAUAUUUAAUAGAUAAACAAUAUUUAUCAUAGAUUUUAUCUAACUCAUAUCUAGCUGGUAUGCCUGAUCUGUUUUUUUAAGUAAUUCAAGAAAGCUUUCCAAAAAACUGAAAGUUUUAAUCAAUAGAAAUUAUUUGUAUCUGUACUAUAAUUACCAUAGUAUAGAAAAAAAAUUUAUUUAGAUUAUAAUUAAUAUAAAUCAUUUAAGAAGCUCUAUUUUUCGUUUAUGUAUCUGUUAAAAUUUAAAAUUAUUCAGAAUUUACUGUUGAUUACUAAAAAAGUAGCUUUCAUUAUCAGUUUUUAAAAGAAUUAGAUUUGA